GAAACAAGACCUGGUCACUUUCUUUAUAAAGUGCCUUCAUUGGGAUUUCUUCCAUCACUUCUGCUCGGCCCCUCAAUUCCUUUUCUCAUGCAGAAGAUGAAUCUGUAUUAUUUGUUCAAGGCUUUUCAAGAGAUACAGUUUGAACAGCCACAGCCCCUACGCUGUACUCAUUGUUUCCAUAUUAUUAGUAUGUCUGGAGAAUGCGGAUGUGUGGAGGCGUUCAUCCUUAUCGAUAAGGAUUUCUAUAAAGCCCAGUUCCUUGAUGUUCUCCGAUGGCUCAUAAGACUGGAGACUCCAAAUAUUCCCGAUAUUUCACCUCGUGGAGUUUCAACGGUUAAUAUUGGAUGUCCUGUGAUGAACGAGGAGGGAGAAUAUGUUGGAGUGAAUCUCCCUUAUGCCAAUGGGAUGAUUAUAGAACCCUUGCAAUGGCAAAUGUGGAAUGUGUUUCGCCAAGAUUCUGAAGAUUCUCAGAUUAUGCAGCUUAACAACCAACCAGCUGAUGGGCGCAGCCAGGAGUCUGAAAGGGAUACCAACUGUAGUCCUACUCGCAUUCUUCAUCUGCGUGUAAGCGCAAAUUUGGAUGCCUUGAAUUCUUCUGGGACCCUCUGCAUUGUGGGGACGCACCUGGAUUGGGAAUGCCUGUUGGAAGAUAUAGAGUUGAAUCGUAUUGAUUUAUCUUGGCAUUUCUACUACUCCCACUCAGAGGAGGAAACAAGCGAAGAAUAUUUUUCUGAUGAUGAGCUAAUGGAGAUGGAUGAUGGGUCUGAUGAAAACUCUCAUCCAGCAGCUUUGUGGGUUGUACAGAAUUUGACUACAGUGGAUGUGGAAGCGCUUGAUAUGAGGUGUUGUGUAUGUCAAGAGAGGAUUGCUUUGGGAUCAAAAGCCAAACAACUACCUUGUGAGCAUCUCUAUCAUGAGGAGUGCAUUACUAGAUGGUUGAGUGUUAGAAACACCUGUCCUGUUUGUAGAUAUGAGUUUCCUACACAGGAUCUCAAUCACUAAUCAGAUUUUCACGCUAGGGCUAUCAUUUAUGUUUAUGAACCCAGGGAAAGCUCAUUCAGUUUUGAUCUAUGCAUUUAGAGUUUGAAAAUGUAGAUUCAUCAUGCUCUAUAAAUGUUUUUUCGAAGCGGUUACCAGAUCAGAGAAAGUUACCGUGUUUUAUUUUCUGAAAAAGUUGACAGUACUUACAACUAAAGGGUUUUACUUUUGUUUAA